GACCCGAAGGCGGCUUCGGCAGCGGACUAGCACGUUCGGAUCCAAUCCAUAGUUUAAUUCGAGAAAAAUGGCGCUUGCGUUGGACACUUCGGUUGUUGCGUUGGCGUUGCUUGAGGAGGAAGGAGAGCGGGUGGAGGUGCGAAAUGCGUUCGAAGAGAUGACAGAAGGUGAAUUCCGGCGUCGUUAUCGUUUCUCGAAAGAAACGGUGCGUUGGUUGUGCGGCGAACUCGACCCCAUCAUCGGGUGCCAGCGAGCCAGCGGAAUUUCUACCGAGCGGAAGGUGUUGUGCGCGCUGAGGUUUUUUGCAACGGGAAGCUUCCAGCGGGGCGUCGGAAGUGAAGAAUUCAUCGGCCUGUCGCAGUCGUCCGUCAGCGACACCAUCCACGAAGUGGCAAACGCCAUAACUGUCGUUGGCGGGCAAAAGCGGUGGGUGGACUUCCCCCAGACGACAGCCGCGAAGGCCAGAGCAAAGGCGGCGUUUGCGCGGCUCGGACGGAUCCCCGGUGUGCUCGGCUGCGUCGAUGGCACUCUCAUCGCCAUAAAGCAGCCCCAAGGCCUGAGCCCCGGGGAUACACAGAGCUACAUGUCGAGGAAGGGAUUCUACGCCAUGAACACCAUGAUCACAUGCGAUGCAGACCUCUGGAUUGAAGACAUCAACCCCUGCUUCCCGGGGUCCUGCCAUGAUUCAUGGGUGUGGCGUAGGAACCCUCUUCGUGCAUACCUCGAAGCAGAACUGCGCCCUGGCGAAUGUUUGCUUGGAGACUCCGGCUAUCCCUUGGAGCCGUGGCUCCUGACACCAGUGCCGGGGCAUCCAGCUGGCAGCACCCCUGAGGGCCUCUACAACAAGGAGCACACCGCCAUGCGCAAUGUUGUGGAGAGGUGCAUCGGAGUCCUAAAGAGCAGGUUCCGCUGCUUGCAGCGUUACCGGACCCUGCUCUACAACCCCGAUCGAGCAGCGACCAUCAUUGCUGCUUGUGCAGCUCUUCACAACAUAGCCUUGGCGGCACGUGAGCCUGCCCCGGAAGAGGAGGACGACGACGACGACAGUGACGUUGCUCCAGCUGCCCAGCAGAAUGCUGAUCUGGUCGACCCGCCAGCACCACCCAUGCGUGUCCCACAACCGCAGGAGCUGUACCUGAGGGGCCUACAGCAGCGCAACCGUGUGGUGAACCUUUUCCAAGGACCACGCGGAGUGCAUACUCACCACCUCCGGAGGGUACGCCGCCGCCUGCUGCGACCUCGUCGGCAGCAGCCAAUGUAAUGCUGCAACUGCUUGGCCGCCUCAGUGCCGCUGCAAUGGCCCGUGACAGCACCCCCACGCUUCGCAGCUCCUGCAGAGCCUGGCCCUGUUGCUGCAGGAUGGCCUCCAGGGCUGUAGCCUGCCUCUCUGCAGCCUCCCUGUGGAGCCUGGCCUCUGCUGCCAGCUGUUCCAGGGCCACAGCCUGGCGGGUGGCCGCAUCCCGGAGCUCUGCAAUCACCUGGAAACGAAGAAAUAUGUCGCCAAUGUCACCUCGGAAUUCUUCGCUACCGACACUUCGCUGGGAGCUUCUGUUUAUGGAGUCUCAGCGUGCACAACACAUCCUCUCCGCUGAAAAUCCACUGACCCAGCGGCAUCCGUCAAUGGUGCCGAGUUCAGCGCACAACCAAUUCCCGUUGUUCGGACAGACCGUAGUGGUGUCAGAAUUCAUUUUCUGUCACCUCCUCAAACGCAUCUCACACCUCCAAGCACCUCUUCGUAAGAAGAAACCAAACAGCCCUUUUCAGGGCUACGCACCAGUUUGCCUGGCGGGCGAUUGUGCAGUAUCGGCGAUUCUCUGUCCUGAUCCCCCUCCAGCAUGCAAAACAUACCCCAACCAAUGAUCGAAGAAGGCGUGCAUAUGCAACGUUAUAAUUGCAAAAAUGUACAUUUGUUCUUGGUGACUAUGCUGAGGAUUUAGUUCCUUACAUACUUAGGUUUGGUUUUCUGUAGGAGUGUGCAAAUAGUAAAUGUUUGGUACGAA